ACACUAUCGAUGUCUCCGCAGGAGUCGUCUUAACUUUCCAUGCAGCAGCGUGCAAUGUGGGUGUAAACUGUAAAGAGUGCAAUUUUGAUUUUGCAUGUCAGACACUACCAGCACCAUGUGAGGGCAAGCAAAUGUUCCCAACGCCUGCCUUCAGGCCAGCGGCCAUUCACUGUCCCUUUACUGUCCCUUCACUGUCCUUCACUCUGACUGUCAGCCUUGCUCACAACACCAAUAAUUCUCAUCAUGAAUCACUACGUCACUGCACAUGACGUCACCCUUGUCUUUGUUGAACCCCAUCUGCUAGAUCCGCAGUGAGGAUGUCCGACUUGCCUGUCCACGACAACGAGGCCUCAAGCCCACGGGAGACCCUUGCUGGCCACCCCGGCGGCUCCCUUGCUUCGCAAACCGCGACUUCUCAAGUGCGGCUGAGCGCCAGCAGUGGCUUGAGCCACGCCUCCACCCACUCUGCGAUCGAUUGUGAUGCCUCCGAUACUGCCCCGGAUCACCACGGUCUCGGAAUCAAUCUCCCCGCUGACGAGCGCAGCCACUUCAGCGACGACACCAACGACACCGACGAAAUGGAGGAGUAUGAAGUCGUCAGCGGCGCCAGCUCUCCCAGCUCGAUUUCCUUUCAACUCGUCGAGCACGAAAGGGAGAAGCUCUAUCCGAUCGCCGUCACGAUGUUCGUGGGGAACCCGCGCCCUCAAGCGGACCGACCAGUCCAUCUUAGCUGCAUAGUCCUUUCGUCGCAGUGGCGCCAGGACUUCUUUCCAGGAUCCUGCAGAAACAAAGCCGAUAAAGCAGCCAAAUGCAAGGACAUUGUCCGGUACAACGAGCAGUACCUUUCUCAGAUCGCCAAAUAUUCCUGCGCGGUUUGUACUGAGCCGACCGCCGCUCGCAAAUUCGUGCACCAGCCCAUCAUGUUUACGCGGACCAGCAAAUCCGGACUGGAAGACGGACCCCGCCGACGCCUGAUCAUGCGACUGGGGCAGCUUGUCCACUGUCGGUGGAAAUUCCCCGACAUGAACGCGACGCUGGGAGGGGCGGCCGAAGCUCAGGUCUUUGAAGUUGCGGUUCCGGUCUGCGGCAAAACCAGCUGCGGCGUCACGGCUCGCACAUCUGCUCACCAGCUCGUCAAUUCUUUGAUCCCGACUAUUGCGGAGCUGGACGUUGCGACGCUGGACCUGGAGAUGGUUAUUCCUACUACUGAAAUUGGCACGACUGGCACUAGUGGAGGGGAAUGGACGCCGGAUGGAGCGGAGGUGCUGGUGAGAAAACUGGGGCCGGACUGUGUGCCAUUGGAGGGCUGAACGCGACACGACUUGAUGACUGACGGGCUGAUGGGUUACCUACGGGAUUGACGGGACUGAGAUGGAGCUACACUUUACUCGUAAUGAGGGGGUGUGUCUUCUGGCAAUGCCAAGUUGAUGAUGACUGGAUGAAAUGGAGUCGAAACAUAAUGGAGAUGUGAUCUAGACCAGUCUACAACAAAAGUUCCA